AUGGUCUUGAAGCCCCCUAUGCCAGAGAUUGGGAAGGUAGCAGCCCUGAGGGACUUCAUGGUUCAAGAAAGAACCCUGCUCUUCCUUCCCCCACUUCAGGUGCCGGAGAUCAUCCAGUACAUUUACCACAAUAUGAACAGCGUCACUGAAGCCACCGCCCAAGCCACCAUAAAGGAAAUCCUUCACCUGCUGGCCCAGACCUACACUGACGAAGUCAUCCUGACGCUGUUUAAGAUGGAGGAUCACUCAGCAAGAGGGAUCCGCAAGCCCUGGGAAAUCCUGGCCUCGUUCCCCAAAGGCUACGAGGUGAUCAUGGACUAUCUGCUGCACAGGCUGGCUCCACACCAGAAAUCGAGGGGCCGGGAGCCCAGCCGCAGGACAGAGAUCUCUCCGUUGAUUCCCGCCAUGGUGAUUGGCUGUGGGCAGAGAUUUCCUGGUGACGGGACCCGCGAGUUGAAGAUGAAGAUGGUGAUGCCCCCUUCUCCUCCCCGCCCGCAGGCCACCAGGGCCAUCCACCAGCUCCUGCUGGAACCCAGUCGGCGGAUAGAGGUACAGACCUUCUUCCCCUCCCUGUUGAUGGCCCUGCUGUUCCAGGUCUCCUUUCUCGUGGUUGAGGGGGAUGCUGAGAUGAUCCCGGAUCAGCAGCACGUGAUGGAAUCGGUGGACCCUGUAAGUUCCACUGUGGAGGCCCUGAAGACCUUGAUGAGAAGUACUGGGUAUGGGGAUCACGUGUCUUAUGUCCAGAAACUUGGGGGCUGGGAGCUGCUCACCAGUCCUGAAACAUACUACGAAGGAGUCACUCUGCUGGCCAGGGCCAUGGUCGUCAAGAACUGUUGGCACAACUGCCCCGUCUUCAGCCUUACUGUCAGGAUUCUCCAGGAGCUGGACCACACGAAUCACUUGACAGCCCUGGGGGUCCUGACCGAGCUGCUCCGGUGCCCCAAUGUGGCAGCCACAGUGGAUGAAGUCACUGUCCACGUCCUGGCAAACUGGUUCCAGUUUGAGGAGCCAGCCACGGUGAAGCUGUUGCUGCGUGUGGUGGAGAUCUUCGCAAAGCACGGGAACAUGGUGAAAUGGGGCAGGGGCCGAGGGCGUGCUCUCAAGAGAUGUCGUCACUCGGGGAAGGAAUAGAGAGAUCUGGAUGCCCAUGUGUCCAGUUAAAGACAGGGUGGGACACACUCUCAGGAUUAGACAGCACAUCCUCGUGAAGCCAGGGAUGAGGGGCUGGAGCCAUUAGUGCUUUUUCCCUCCCAGGGAAGGAAAGAGGAGGGCCAUUUCAGAGAACAGGCCAAGCCAAUGCCAGGAUCCCAGACCAGCCAGGUCUCCUGGAGAU